AUGCUGUCGUCCGCGUCUGAACCCAUCACCACCCUCGAGCCAAUCCGCAGUGCCACGUCGUCCGUUGAGUCUCGCCGUGCAAGGUCAGAGCCAUCGUUGAAGCGGACUCCCACGCCAUUGUUGCCGGCCAGCUCCAUGGAACAUACUGAAGGAAUCAGUCCUGUACAGCCCCAAGACGAUCUCCAUCACGCCACGCUGACAGUACGCGACACCCUUUUCUUCGCUCUUAAAGCUCGAACACCAGACAAAGCGUCUCGUCUUCCGGGCGAGAGUCGCGAGGAGUAUCAACAAGCCUUCCUAUCGGCGAUUGCCCAGUUAUUCCGGAUCGAGCACGCGCUGGACACCAAAGUUGGCAACGAGAUGAUCCGGGGCGUUUCCGGGGGAGGGAAGAAACGCGUCUCGAUCGCGAGGCGAUGGCCACCAAGGCGAGCGUGCAGUGUUGGGACAACUCGACCAGAGGCCUCGAUGCAAGCACGGCUCUCGAGUAUGUUCAGAGCCUGA